AUGAAGCUCCAAUUGGCACUCGUUUUAUUUGGUUUGACUUUGGCCUUGGGCCAGAUUGUUCCCAGAAGUUCUUGGUGUCCUGUGCCACUCAAUUCUAGAUUACCAAGGCUCGUGGUGCCCGUUCGACUCAUUGUCAUUCAUCACACAGCCACGGCUCCCUGUUCCAAUCCCUAUCAAUGCCAGUUGGCAAUUAGACAGAUCCGAAAUGAUCAUCUUCGCAGGAAGUUCAGGGAUAUAGGAUACAAUUUCCUGAUCGGAGGAGAUGGUCGCAUCUACGAAGGUUUAGGUUUUGGCAUUCGGGGUGAACAUGCUCCAAAUUACAACAGCAAAUCCAUUGGCAUUGCAUUUAUUGGCAAUUUCCAGGCUGGGUUACCUCCUCCCCAGAUGCUUCAAGCUGCCCGAACACUCAUCCAAAUUGCUGUGCAGCGUCGUCAGGUUUUGCCAAAUUAUGCUUUAGUUGGACAUUGCCAAACGAAAGCUACUGCCUGUCCAGGAAGACAUCUUCUGAAUGAGCUCAGAAAAUGGCCACAAUGGAAACCGAAGCCUUAAGGUUCAAAAAGAAUCCUUUAACUUUUAAACCAACUAAAAAAUUGGAAAUUUAAUUACUUUCUU